AUGUACAAUAUCUUGAUGCCGUUGGGUCAGGCCAGAUCCAAUAAAAACAGUCAGUUUCUAACUGCAUUUUAUAUUAUACUAGCCAUUAUUGAUAAUUUAAUGUCAAAAAAAUGGGUUUUUUUUUUCAGUUUCCGAUCAAUUGGAAGAGUUCACGACGUCUACCUUGCCUUAUGUGGCUUUGUUUCUUUACCUUGUCCUCUUUAUUGCCACAGCUUUGAUGAUUUUCCUUGUUUGUCAAAUCGUUUACGAGAUGGUAAGAUUACUGUUUACACAUUUAAAACUUCAAAAAAUUUAUUUCAGUGUACCAGUGGUAUCUCUGCUCCUCGCAAGAGACAGCCAUCCAAUUCAGAGAAGCUUCAGAUUUUUGAUCUGGAACGUUACUCAUCUGCGGUCUAA